AUGAACCUCAGUGAGACUCUGGACCAGAUCCAGGAACAGAUCAGAUCUCAGUCCAGCUGUCCUUCUGGAUGGACCCAGUCUGGGACUCGUUGCUUCCUCUUCAUAAACUCUGACAGAGACUGGAUCACUGCUGAGCGUCACUGCAUUGAAUUGGGUGGAAACCUGGCCUCUUUCCACGACUACAACCAGCUGGUCUUCCUCCGUAACCUGGUGUACAGUGCAACACGAUCCUACAGAAACACCUGGGUUGGAGGCACUGAUGCAGUAAAGGACGGAGUGUGGUUCUGGUCCGAUGGUUCGAAGUACGACUACAACAACUGGUACAGAGGAGAACCCAACAAUGCUGGUGGACCAGAGAACUGUAUGGAGAUCAACUUUGGAGGAAUUUCAACCAACGAUGAAAGAUGUACCAGCAGCCGUCCUUACAUCUGCUCCAGAAAACGCUAACCCUCUACUUCCUGUCCU